AUGGCUCUUUUGUAUGGACCACUAGUUAUUUUUAGAUGUGCUUUCCGUUAUGGUUGUUAUAUUACAAUUACUCUGCUUCUAGAUAAUACUCUGAAUAUCAAGUACAUGACAAGAAUAUGCUUCCUAGGCAACGUAGGCCCCCACGUCGCUAUAGAGAUGAAGGAUCGGUACAUGGAGGUGGCGGUGAAGCACCCCCACCUCCUCCUCCACCUCCUCCUCCGCCUCCUCCCCUCCAGAUGCCUGACUUUGGGCUAUUUUGGGAAGCUCUUAUGGCUGCUGCACCUAGAGCAGCUGAGUGAGCUCCAGUUGAGGGGAAAUGAGGGAGCCAUUGCUGCGGAUGAUUGGCUUACCUCUUAUGAGGGAUUAGCUGAAACGGCUAAGUGUACCAACGAGCAAAAAGUUGAGUACGUUGGUCUUGUAUUCCGUAGUGAAGCACAACAGUGGUGGAAAUCUAAGAGACUGCACCUUGUGAUAGAACUUGGACAAGGAGUUCCCAUUCCAUGGGGGCGUUUCAAGCGAGAGUUUAAUGAUCGUUUCUUCCCACUUGCUCAAAAGCAACAAUGUGCAAGGGACUUCUUAGAACUCAAACAGGGAUCCAUGUCCGUAGAGCAAUAUUCGGCAGAAUUUCUGAAGCUAUCAAGGUAUGCCACAUAUCUCAUUCCUGAUGAAGAGACCAAGGUGGAGAAGUUCCGAGGUGGCUUAGUGCCACGACUCCUUGAGCGAAUCAUCUUUGUAAAGGUGGCUGAUUAUUCAGAGAUGGUGCAUGUCGCCACCAUUGCAGAAAAGGGGAUCAAGACAGCGGCUGCAGAAUACUUUAGCCGGAAGCGGUUAAUGUCCUCUGGGACUUCCUCUGCACCACCGAUCAAGAAGCAAGCUACGAGCAGUAGUUCCGGAUCACAGGGAAGGAAUACCACCUAUGUUAGUCAGGGUAGUGGCAGUCCUCAAAGAUGCAGAAGGUGCGGGAAACCGCAUAUGGGGGAGUGCAGAUUUGGGUUAGGGGUAUUUUACAAGUGUGGCAAGCCUGGCCACUUUGCUAGAGAAUGUACCCAAGCGGAUGGGAACAGAGGACAAGGGUCUCAGGCUAGCGUCAAUCAGCCUAGGCCUGCAGCUCCAGCUCGGGUGUAUGCUAUCACCCCAGAGAAUGUCCUACCCGAGGACAACGCCACUGAUGUAGUCACAUGUACGAUUCCUUUGUUUGGUAGAGUUGCUUGUGCGUUGUUUGACCCGGGUGCUUCGCACUCGUUUAUUUCCUCAUCAUAUGUGAAGUUAUGUAAAGUGAGCACUGAACCAUUAGAGCAUAAUAUAUGUGUGGCCACCCCUGUCGGUGACGUUGUCACUUGUAAGAAGUAUGUGGGCAAUUGUCCUAUUGUUAUCAAAGGGAGAGUUUUAUCGGCGAAAUUAGCGGUGUUUGGCAUGAUGGGCUUCGAUGUCAUUUUGGGAAUGGACCGGCUAUCGAAGUAUAAUGCCAACAUGGAUUGCCGUAGGAAAGAAAUUAUUUUUCGACCUCAUGGCAUGGAAGAAUUCACAUAUUGUGGAUCUAAAGUGCGAUCUUCUCCGCCACUUCUCUCCGCCGUUCAAGCGAUCAAAAAUGUCAAAGAUGGAGCACAGGCUUACUUGGCGUAUAUACAAGCUAAGCCAGAGACUAAGGCAAGGUUGGAAGAGAUUCCAGUAACCGUGAAGUGGAGUUCUCUAUUGACUUAG